ACUGACAGGACAAGUCACAUUUUCCAUUUUCAUCAAUCAUCAUAUCAUUCGCGAUUUCGCGUAAAUCAAGUAAAUAGAGUUUUUAUUUUUAAUUUAUUCAAACAAAUAUACUUGUUAUGUAUGCGUUGAAACUUUAAAAUUAAAUUGAUGGUUGAUAGUUCAUUCUUAUGUGACUUUUUAAAUUUUAAAACGCUUAUUCUUCGGUUUGAAGAAUGUCAACAAGUAACAAACAAGCACUUGGAGGGCUUCCAUUAUUUGGGAUUAACGACCAUGAAGAAAAAACAUCACAUUGGAUAUCCAGUAAAUAUUUAGUGAUUCUGUUCAGCUUUUUCCUUCUACUGGCAUUUAUAACUACAGUUAUUGAAAAUGAUUUGCCUAGCCCUAUUAAAGAGCGACAUAUUUCCAGAAGUGAUGCAAACACCUUCAGCGAGGAGUCCGCAAAAAAAUAUUUGGAUAAAAUACUUGGAGACCAACCAAGAGUAUCUGGCACUAAGUAUCACUUUAUUAAGACUCGUGAUCUCAAAGAGUUAUUAGACAAUAUAGCCAGGUUUUCGAAUUUGCCUGUCCAUACAGAUUGGCAGUAUGUUGAUGGAAGCUAUUGGUUGGCCUUCAAUCCAGCCUACGUCAACAUAUACCAAAAUCUAUCAAACAUAGUUGCGGUGUUGGAAGGAGACAGUGGAUUCAAUCCCGACGGCACUACUGGGACGUCUAUACUUGUCAAUUGUCAUUAUGACUCUGUUCCUUUUGCUAUAGGCGCUUCAGACAAUGGCGUGUUUUGUGCUGUAAUGGCGGAGACACUGUCCAAGUUGUCUCGGAGAAAGACAAAGUUGAAACACAACAUUAUAUUCCUCUUUAAUGGUGCAGAAGAAAACGCUUUGAUGGCAAGUCAUGGAUUCCUCAGUCAUCCGUGGUCUAAAAAUAUCAUUAGUGUUGUAAAUCUCGAUGCUGCUGGGAUGAACUGGAAGCCGAAUGUCUUUCAGGUAACAGAUCCGCGCUUACUACAUAUAUACAAAAAGACUAGUUCGCGUCCGACGGCGCAAGGUGUGGGCGAGGUGCUCUUCAAUACGGGGAUCAUACCGUCCGAUACUGACUUCCGGAUAUGGAGGGACUUUGGGAAUAUCACAGGUAUUGACAUAGCGUUCGUGAAAUGGGGCUGUGUGUACCACACACGGAAUGACAGGCCAGAGCUCAUACAUGACGGGGUCAUACAGAACGCUGGAGAUAUGCUCCUCAACCUCGUCAGGGAAGCAGCUGAUAGCAGCGAUUUGACUCUCAAGGAGCCACAUUCGACAGCAGUGUAUUUCGACUAUUUGGGGCUAUUCCUACUGACGUAUACGAAGAGUGUUGCUUUGCAGGUGGAUGUGAUAGUUGGCUUACUGGGUUUAAUGAGUGUGGGCUAUUACUUGUGGCUUUUUGGAUUUAGGCGCUCGUCGUGUCAUGAGUUAUUGUGGGCAGCUGCAGGUCGCGUGUUGUGCGCGGUGGCCGGUCUAUUGUCUGUGGCGGCUUUCACUCUCUUUAUGAUUGUCGCUACCACGCAAUUGAGAUACUUAUCGGUAGAAUGGAUUGUGGUGCCUUUUUAUUGGGUGCCAUAUUUGAUCGCGUCACUGGCUACAUCACACGCAUUCGACGUUUGGAGGAGUAAAAAGACAACCAUCAGUCGGUCUAUUCGCGCAGUGCAAGCUAUGUCCGCCACUCGACUGCUGAUGUCGUCAGCGCUGCUAAUUCUCUGCUGUGUGCCGAGUUUGACCAACGUGCGGUACAUAGUGGCGGCGCCUCUGCUAGUGAUGUCUGCCGCUAGUGUUGUCACCAUGAGUGCUGUGCGUUAUGGAAGGUUGAAAGCGUUGCAACACCUCAUACUUGAGGUUCUGUUGAACGCCCCGGCCACAAUGUUCGCGUUUUCGCUGGCCUCGCGGUUCGACUCGCUGCUCAUACCGAUCAUGGGUCGCUCUGCCGCCAACUACCCGGAUGCGAUCAUCGCAGGCAUCAAUGCACUCCUCGCUGUCCAUGCUGCCUGUUCUGUGUCAGGUAUCGAUCUUCUGUUCUCUCGCAGGCGACUGUGGACUGUAUUGGGUGGAUUUGCAGUAUUGUCUUUCGUUAUAAUGCUCAUACCAAUUAGUCCAUACCGCGACGAAAGUACUACUCAGAGGCAUUACUGGUUUCACACACAAAUAACGUCGUACGACAGGAAUUUCAAACCACUAGACACCGUUUCUGGUGUUAUGAUAACAAAACUCGACGUUUACAACGUGCAAGCGGCUUUAGCAGCUAUCCGAGACAGUGAUCUUUACGUCAAAGACAAUGAGGCAAACAAAGACAAUGAGGGGAGCAUAGACAAUACAAAGUUACGCAUCAAAGAGAGUGACUUGAGUAUAAUAAAUAAACAGUGUGACAAAGAACUCUACUGCGAUAUGCCGAUGUUCAGACCGCGGUUCGAGAAAAAUAUGAAUAACAGCCUUUUUGUAAAGAUGUCACCGCCGGCGCCGUUCAAACAUUCGCUGCAGGUAGUCAACCGCUCGUGUGUCGAGAAUAUCUGCUCUCUUAACUUCGUUAUGCAUGGCCCCGCCCACAAUUCCAUAACAAUAUGGCCGCGAGAGGACGUCAAUCUCAUGAACUGGUCGUUUGAUUCCCCUGUAAAAGAAACCAUGACGAUGCAAGAUCGACCCGUGUACACUUUGAUACACUCCACUGCGACCUACACAGAGUUCUUCGAGCCUUUGGAGUUCACUUUGAAUUUAACCGUGCCAACACAACUGCAGUCCACUGUACUUCUAGACGUUUCCCAUCACGCACACAAAAUCUACAAUCCGGACGACUUCACGGACGAGUACAGACAGCUAUUGGACGUAAUGCCGGAAUAUUUCAAUAUCGCCACUUUCUUAACUUUCAGAAGCAAUUACCUAUUUUAGUAUUUUUAAAGAUGGUUCAUUUCAGAGCACUUGACCUAACAUGCAUCUCGUGAAGAGAAAUAGACAAAUGUCAACCAAUAGCCGCGCAACCGGAAAUUUUGCUAUCCAGUGAUAUUAAAUACUGUUAGAUGUGUUACUAGCGCAUGAAAAAUGAGGCGCUUAAGGAGGAGGAGGAAAAUUUAUACACAACUCGAUGUUAGUUGUGGUCAACAACAAACGUUAUUUAAACAAAUAAUACCUAAAUCGUCUAUAAUGAAGAGUUGUGUGUUCAGGAAGCGUAAAAACUAUAUAUACAUAAAUAUAUAAUGAAAUUAAAGACAAAAUUGUACAGUUUUGUAUUAUAUUCGGAUCACUUUUUGGGGUGAUUUUGUAGGGACGUGACCGAUCUAUAAUAUAAAAUUAUCAUAUUUUAAUUAUCAUUAUUGUUGCUAUCUCUUUCGUCCCCACUUAUUAAGUUGGGACAAAAGACAUGUGACUGAGACUACUCCGCCCCCAUUGGUUGACAUUUUGCCUAUUUCUCGAAAUCGUAGAUUCUAUUGAUCAAGAAUAGUUUAAUAUACUGUGUUAUCUUGUUUAAGUUACAAUUUUUCGACAAUAUUUUUGAUAGUUUUUUUUCUUUUUAAUUAUUUGGGUUCUUUUUAAUUAUAGCUUGCUUUUUGAAUAUCACUCAUAUUGAUUUAUAUUUAAGUAUGUGAAAUUAUAUAAUUAUUUAUUGAAAUUAUUACUCUCGUUUCUACUAUAAAGGCUGUGAGUAUAGGGUAACGGACAAUAGGUCCUUUGUGGUUUUAGUCUGAUAAAAAGUUAUUUGAACAAAAAAUAUGUGGGAAAAUUAUAGAACUUCGAAUUAGAGUGAAUUUAGUCUUAGGUAUUUAUUACCGAAUUUUAAUAUAAUGAUCCUCAUAAAAAGUCCAAGUUUAUAUGGAUGGUUAUUUUUACACGCUUUAUAUUAACUUGUAACUAUGUAGGAAAGACAAUUCUUGGAAUCUUAAUUUGACCUACAUCCCGGUCUUCGUGUAGGAUGAAAUUUUGCACACGCUCUGAGUUCUGAUGAUACAUGACUAGCUGAGAAACGUCAUUACAUAUCUAAUAUGGCGGCCUCCCCAAGAUGGCCGACUGGCUGUUUGAAAUCCAUCCCCAUGGUAUAGAUUUCAAAUGAAAGGGUUUGAUGUCAGGAAUACGAUACAAAUAGUCAUGUGAUUUAAAUCCAAUAUUUGUCGUUUUUAUUGCGUGCUAACAGCGUGUUUUUUAGUUUUUUAAACUAUUUAAAAUUUCUGUAUGUAACUUAUUAUCUGUAACCUUUUUUGCAAAAUUAAAAAAAUCAUGUAUUCAAUAAUUUAAUAUCCAUAUUUUACAUUGAUAGGUAUUGCUUCUGACAAAAGAACUUGAGGGUUAUAUUUUAAUUUAAAAUAUUUCGAAUAUUUUUGUAGUUUAUAGUUUCCUAGUUGGCAUUUCAGUGGUUAGGUUUAAGGAAAAAUGGAAAGGAUAUUUGUGAAAUAAAACUAUUAAAUUGUU